AUGGAUCUCCAUUCCGUGCGAGACGAUUUCGCGAACAGUUGGAAAACCGACAACAACAGUGUCGACUUCGGGAAUAAUUACAGCAGCAACUACGGGAACAAAUACAGCAGCAACUACGGGGACAACUUCAGCAGCAACCACAGCAAGAAUUACGGCAAUAACUACGGCGACAACUACGACAACGACUACGAUAGCAACUGCAGAAACAACUACAAGAGCAACUACAAGAGCAACAAGAGCCGCAGCAAAAGCCAACAGAAGAGUCAAGAUGCCGCUGAUCGGUUACUUGAAUCUCGACUGGCGUGUUUGACGAUAGAAGAAACUGGUGGUGUGGACGACGUUGGUCGCUCAACAGCCCCGGAUGAACCGGCACCAACGUCGAGUCCCAAUACUGUUCAAGAGUCGCCCACGAAGUCUCCCCAAGAACCAAUAAAGCCUGAAUUCGGUUCCUCUGACGAGCCGACAGCCAAUUUUCGUAGAGAAAGAUUCGGCCAUUUGUUGCAGAGCCCCUCUUCAUCGUCAGAUUUCGAAUCACCCGAUGAGACUUCUUGCACCACACCAGAACCAGAUUCAGACAACGAAGCCGAUGGCUUAGACAUUCGUCCUACAAGGUUACCCGACUCAGAUAUCUUCGUCAAGCCCAAGAUUCCCGAUGAACUCCGACAACUGGUCGAUGAUAGCGAAAAGGAUGACCUCGAUGAAGAGGACGCCCGGAUACGAUCGGCAUUACGAUGCACUGGAAGCAGACAAGUGAAGGGGGACUGGAGCUCGAUGCUAACGUCUCCAUCUCUGCGCCAAUCGAGGAGCAAAUCCAAGAAAACGAAAGCAGACGGGUCUCUGCUAGCUUGUCCGUACACAAAGCACGACAAGGCCACUCAAGAGCAGUUGUAUAGAUGUCGGCGCAUGGCCUUUCAAGAUACCCACAGGCUGAAGUAA